AUGCUUUCUAUAAGCCAGAUUGCCUCAAUUUUGAGUGUUCGUAGUGUCAGUACUGUUGGAUUGGCAACGUUAAUUCUUGGGGUAUACUCAAUUAAGUAUCUAGAUGAUUAUCACCAAUGGUUAGAAAUCGAAGUGCCAGGUGGCCCCCCUCCCAAUAGAAUCGGAUACAUGGCGUCUUGUUUCCUAACUCUACUUUUCAGAAGAGAUAAAAGAAAUCCUAAAUCUUUGAAGAGCGAUGAAGCUGGUGGUUAUUUGAAUGCAAAAGAUUUGCCUACGCGUUCAUCGAGCCCUCCAAAAAUGGCGCACUGGGUUAUUCCUCAUCGUCAAGUAACUCAAAUUGCCUUCGAUUUGGACAAAGACAACACCGAGGCAAGCAAUGUCGACAGCUUUUUUAGCGAGUUGAUAAAGAAACAUAAUGAUUGUUUUACUGGUCCGUCUAGAGUUGAAAAGAAUAUUAAGGCGCUAUUCUUCAAAACUGCUACUGCAAAAAAUGAAGUAAUUCAUAGACAUGUAAAAGAUGGAUCAUUUCACGUAAAAUUGCAUUGCCAAGAUGCAAAGAUUGUACUUGAAAAGAAAUGGGGUGAACUUUUCCCAACUACUUUGAAACUUUUUACAAACUGUACUCCUAUCGACGAGAUCGUCCUUUUAUAUGCUCCUCAAAGUGAAAAAGAUUAUCCAAUAUAUAAAAUUAUAGUUGAAGCCGCUUUGAAGCAUUAUGAAUCUUUGUCUUGA